AUGUCAAAUCCAUUCCGCGCAAGAAACCUGGGCAAUUCCGCAGAUCCUCAGACUGCCAACCCCAACCCUCCCCAAUCCACCCCCACCAUAGCAAACGGCUACCCGGGGAAGUCAUCCAUAUCCCUCGAGCUGGAGGUAGACGACUCAAGCUCAGACGAAAACCCAUUCAACCCCGACGUCUCCGCAAGUGACAGCGAGGCCAGCGAACCAGCCUCCAAGAGCUCAGCUCAUGGUGAUCGCCGUGAAUUCUUUGGGUCUGCUCCACUCCCUGCUCCAUCUGAUGAUGGAUCCUCCACGCCAUCCUCCACGCAGCCGUCCAUAUCAGCAGACCGCAAUGUCCGGUCCGCAUCAGGGGAUGCACCUGUAGCCCCUGACGCAUCCCGAGACCGCUCCCAGCGCUCUCUACGCUCCGAGGCUCAAUCCUCCCCCUGGCCGGAAAGUACUGUCCGAACGAGGGAGAAGAAGCCCCCGCCUCCGCCUAAGUCUCAUCACGGGAAACGGAUUAGCCAUUCGGCUACGGCUGCGAGUGAUGUAGAUCCAGAUACACACGCACACUCUUCACAAGUGAAUACUCGCUCGAGAUCCUCCAACAGACUAUCAAUCCAUGGCUCCUCAACAGAAAGGGCAACGCCUGGCGCAGCCCAUCCAAGCUCGGUAUCUCUACCCUCGGCAGCAGACUAUUUCUCCGUAUCAGAGAACCAGGCAGCAACAGAAUCAACGGAUUCCCUGCAACGUAGCCACUCCCAGAAACGACCACCAACACCACCCCUCAGCCGACGACACAGUCAAAUGCGAAGAUCAAAAUCCACUCAAUCAAAAUCAAGCCGGCUAACCAUGUCCUCAUUCGACUCGGAGCGAGAGCAGGAGAGUAAUAGCUCUCUCCCUCCAAGCCCCGGCCCAACUCGAUCCCUAGCUUCAAAGAGAAUCAGUAUGCCUCCUCCAACAUCAUCGGCGGAAUUCCAGGCUGCAAUUCCUACAGGCGAUGUCUCUCUCAAUUCAUGGGGCUCGCCAAGCUCUAGACCUCCCUCGUUGAAAGCUGGUCGGCGCGCUUCCUCUUAUGGAAGUGUUCCGUCCAGUUCAUCUUCUGGACCUCCUCCUCCGCCACCACCGCCGAGGAGGACGAGGGAUUCGGUUAUUCGUAGUAGUGAUGGCCCAUCUGUGUCGAGGGUCAACGAUGAGAACGAUGAGAAUGCACCUCUGCCCCAGCCUUCUAAUGCUUUGGAUAUCUUGGCUGAUUUGACUAAGUUGCAGAAGGAGGUGGAUGAUCUUAGGGGUCAUUAUGAGAAUCGUAAGGUUGAGUGA